AUGAACCAAAAGGCCGAAGCAGAAGCAAAGGGAUGGCGAACGUUCGCCAGAUCAGAGCUUCUAUUUUACAAAAACAAUUUGCGUAUCGGGUGGGAUGGUUCGGAACCGCAGGAACCGGAUUCCCCAUCUGCGACGUCUCUCGCCCGCCAGCCGACCAUUACGGAUUUCGAUAUCCAGGAUGUGCUGGAAUGGGAACAAUCUGUCACUCAAUAUGACAAGUGGCUUGAACAAGACAAGACGGAACUGUACGACUACAUGUGUGGGGAUCUGAACGGCACGGCCGUCUAUGUCACGCCGAAAGAGAAAGCCAUCAAGGAUAUCGGAGAUCAUUCCAGGACCACUGUUAUCCCACCACAAGAUCUGAUCACCCUGCUCGAAUUGCCACGGCUUGAUGGAGAAAAGAUGGUUCGACAUCUCUCGGGCUUCAUGAAGGAUUCACCUCCACCGCAACAUGGAAAUACUACCGAUGCCAAGAACCUCAACUCACUUGGGCUCUCCAUGCAGCUGCUCUGCACAGCUUCGAAGGUUUACUCGUUGUUACCUGGGGCGACUAUAUCUCUUAUGAUUCUCAACGAAAUCUUCCAUGUCUCGCCGUUGGCCCGAGCCGGCACUCGUGCCAUUAAUCACCCGCUCUUAGGUCCGUUCCAGCCUGUGGAGUGGACCCUUGCCGAGACACUCUCUUUCAUCGCAUGGGCUGAAACUGGGGGCCUCCUCCUAAAGCCCAGGGAUUUGAAACAGGUUCUCGCUCUGUCCACCGGAAAUUCUAUUUACGCUGCUGCUUCUCUGUUCGCCGAUCCAUACGAUGUGUGCCAGGGCUACGAGUUGCGUCGGAUUGUGGGGAAUGUCGGGAGGGCUGGUGUUUCCAUGCUGGUACCCCCAAUUAACCCUAAGCUACAGAACCCCAGGGCGGAUACUUGGAACGUGAUCAACCACGAGGCAUUCACGGGGAAAACCCAGUGCCUAAAUAACUUUGAGAACACUAGCCUCCAUCUCUCUUUCACGGGCUAUGAGCAGCCCGUCCCGGGCGGCGUUGUCAAUGGUUCAAGGGACGUCGGCGCAUGCUACCUUGAGACCGUCAUUUCGGUCUUCGAUCGGGGCAGAAAAGUCGGCGACCUAGACAUUCUCAAGGGCAUAGAUGACUCUAUGUUUUCAAGGCUAUCCACAUGCACACACACGUCCAAUUGGAGCAUUGAUUGCGACAGCAUGAGCUUGCAAUGGACGUGUAUUGACUCAUGGGAAGAGAUGCUGGAUAUGCCCGACAACCGUACGUGCAUUGUACGGGCUCACAAAAACGCCCUCUCGCGCAUCGCCGCCGCCGUUGUGUGCGUACAGCAAGGUGAACGUAGAUUCAUCGUGCUGCCGCCGAAACCCUGCUACGCGUGUGUCGUGGAAAAGCUUGGUCAUGGAGGCUGGGGGGAGGGGCAGAACACAGUGUUGAUAUGCUGA